GGCCGUCCAUCACUGGGGGGGGGGAUGAUGGACUUUGGGGGGGGCAUCUCCGUCCCUUCCACUUAUGGGGUGGCCCUUCCUUUCUCCUAACAGUCUGUUCCUUCUCCCGAGCUGUCCGUGUCGGUGGCCUUCUCUACGUCUUGUGGCAGAGAGUCCCAUGGCUAAACCCUCACCAACCCCCGUUUAGUCCCAGCCUCUGUUUCACUCACACCCCUUCACCCACCCACCCCACUUGGAGAGAAGCGAGGGGGGGAAGGACAGUUAGCCACAAAAUGGCGAGUCCUGGGUUCCAAUCCCUGCUCAUCAAUGAGGCUCACCGCUCUACUGAAGAAGGACGGCCGUUCACUCACUGCCUCCCUCGCCACGACCUGCCUCGUGUCGCCUAUUCCUGCAGUUGUGUGGUGUUCCAGGUGGACUUCCAGGUGGGUUGCAGUGUCAGCCCCCGGGCAGACAUCGGCCUGCACUUCAACCCCCGUUUCCGACCACGUCCUCACGUGAUCUGCAACUCCCUGGUCCACGGCCACUGGAUGGAAGAGACAAAACUCCCCCACUUGCCCCUGAAGAGAGGGGACCGCUUCGAGCUCCUCUUUCUCUUGGAAGAAGACCACGUGAAGGUGAGCGUGAAUGGGAAGCAUUACGCCCAGCACCCUUUCAAGGUCCCGCUGGCCCAGAUGGACACCCUGGGAGUUUCCGGAGACAUCUUUGUGAAAACGAUCGCCUUCCUUCCCAACAGUCCGUUUGCUACCAGCCGGGCUGGAGAUGCUGUUGCCAAGCCUCUGCUUCUGCGCAGUCCUGACCUGGAGGUGCCUCUGUCCCGCACACUUCCCGAGGGCUUCAGGCCAGGAGACAGCAUGACCGUGCGAGGGUUGGUGUGUCCGGACCCCCAAGAGCUCCAGAUCAGCUUGAAAACGCUGGACCCUUCCUGCUCCCUCUGGUGCUUCCACGUUUCCUUCACGGACAGGAGAAUAUUAUGGGGCUCAGACACAGAGGAAGGCCACAGUUCUGGGGCAGUGCUGGCCCCUUGCUUCCCCUUCCACCCCCAGCGGUACUUUGAGCUGCUCUUCCUGCGCCAAGAGGACCAGGUGAAGGUGGCCCUGAAUGGGACGCCCUUUGGACAGAGGCCGUUCCCUCAGCACCUCGCCCACUCGGCCCUGGAGCUGACCGUCGAGGGCAGCCUCGUGCUUUAUGGGGUCCAGAACUCUUCCCAGACAAGCCAAGAGGCAGAUGCCUGAAGCCACCCACCAGGAACUGCUUCCCCUCUUUGGGAAGAAACAGAGGGACACACACAUACACACCAAGAUGUUGGGGGGGGGUCGAGGAGAGGACAGGCCAGGUUUGAACAUCUGCACGGGUGAAAGACCGACCCCCUCCGUCAAGACCCGGAGUUUAGGGGAAGGGCUGGGCUGACACCCCCUCACUUCUCACACGCAGGGAUAGGGUUAGUGCCAGGGAAGCCUGGAAAUAUCUCCCACCUGUUAUAGCCAAGAGCAGUAAAACUAUAUACAAAGCCAGAUAUGGAAAUGUCCAGAUAUCUAACUCUGAAUAUUUACACAUCCCUUUCUGGAUAUGCAAAUCUACCUGGACCAUCUGUUGCCUCGAAGGAACCACAGGAGUUCAGCCUGUUGCAUAUUUCUGCUGCGUGUGUGUACGUCACACUCGUUGGCCUCCAAAAGCAUUAAUAAAAUCUUCAAGUCUAGAA